CGAGGUGGUUGUUUUCCCUGUACGUAUGAAGCUAUCAGGUUUCGAAUAGUUUAGGAUUAAGGGACCACGUACCGACACCACCCUUACCACCUGGCAUCGAGCCCAGUAUUAAGGCCGAGCUGUGCAAGCAAGAUAGUGAAGCACAUACCGCAGAAUAUCCAUUUCAAGGACUUUUGAUCCAGAACGUUUUGCAGGGUUGGGGGUAGCGUUUCUUCUGCCAUUUGGGAUGUUCGAGAGUUAUAAGGAAGAUGUCGGUUUGCGCGUCUUGAAGUACUGUGAAACCGUGAUCUAGCCGCGUUUGGACGAGCUGCCUCUUUCAGCUUCUACAUACUACUGCGACAUUCUACACUUCAGUAGAAUAAAUUGCAGGAUACGUGUUCAGGGUAGUAGCUUUUCAAGGUCACCAUGGCGGAAAACAAAUUAGCAUUCAGAGCUUUACAACUAGCUAACGAACAACGGACUGCUUAUGGUCUCCGGUAUAAUGACUUCACGCGAUACAGGAAGCACUGUGCCAAUAGGACGCAUCGUCUCCGGUCCACCCUCAAAAUGACCCAUGGCAAGGGCCGAGAGUUCAAGAAACUGCCUCCCUUGAGCAUAGAUAACACCAAGGAUGGACAAUCAAGGCCUAAUGAAGCUUGGGAUAGCUUGGAGCUUCUACUCUUCGAAUCAGAACGUGCUUGGGCUUACUCUCAGGAUCUCAUCACCCAAUCCCUGCAGCCAGCCAAUGAAGACCAGGCUGGAACCCUGCGACACAGUGCCACGGGACGCUUCCGGCGUGCAGUACACUGGUCGACGCAGCUCCUCUCGCACUGUCAAUCUCUAUAUGCAUCUUCGCGCCUCUCUGCAGAAGGGCUUAUGCAAAUCACCAUCUAUACUCUCAUCCUCAACGGUCGCUUCCUGCGAAACCGGGACAACUUCGAGGAUGCGGUGAUCCAGCUUAGCGUUGCAAGGCACCUUCUCGACGAACUCGCUGAUCGUGCUGCGACAAGCAGAGACCAGGCUCUCGCGACGGUCUUUGCAGACGAAAUCAGCCCUGAAAUCAGGUAUUGUGCGCAUGAGCUUGGACGGGAGAGGGCGUAUGAUGUGGAUGCGAUCGCUGCUGAGUUAUCUGAAAAGCAUCGAGGGGACAUAGUUGAGGGAUGCGAUGCUCUGAUUCAGAAAUUUAGGCUGGAAGGAGAGGUUGCUGGGAAAGGCGAGGGGAGGAAAAAGCUGGGGACGUUGAUGUGGGAAGGUCAGCCGGUGCCGGUGCGCAAUCCGGAGUUGGUAGAUGUGUUGCUUAAGGUGCAGGAAGCGGAGGCGAAGAUUACGCAGUCGCGUGAGCCCGCUCGGGCAGAGAGUACUGGUGAUAAAGGUGGGCGGAAAGGCAAGACAGGCGGUCAUGGGUCCAAGAAGGGCGUUGCAGCAUAUGAUGCUAUUCUCCUCGCUCUUAGCGACGCCGAAGAGGUAGCCAGGAAACUUGUCGAAGCGCAGCAGAGCUCCGGAAGCUCAUCCACCUCUGCAGCUGGGACGCGUGACAUCCACUUUGUUCACGCUUACAUCGUCUACCAAUUGCUCUCUCGCCGUAUCCAGCGUGACCUUCUCCUAAUAUCUGCGCUACUCACCUCGCAUCGACCACAGGCCUCUGCAAAAGCAAAGAAAGAGCAUGUCGACGCCCGACUGUACCCUGCAGUGGUCAAGCUCCUGGACACCGUCAUCCAGAGUCUUACCCAGAUGCGCAACUUGAGCAUCGUGGACGAGAGCCCUGACCUAGCAUCUGCCGUCGAGGCGCGUCUUACGUUCACUAAAGCUAGAAGAUGUUCUUAUCUCUCGCAAUGCUACGAAGCUGUGAAGAAAUACGCCGAGGCGCUCUCCUUGAUCCAACUCGCAACCAUCUAUCUCCGCGAAACACGUUCCACAUUGUCCAUCUUCUCAGAAGACCCUGGAUCAUCCACCUACUAUCCACUCACGCCUUCUGCUCUCGACGCUCUAGAAUCCACCAUCACCCAAGACGGCCUUACAAUCAAAAACGAAUGGUUCGCACACAAUGGCGGCUCCAUCGACGCGGACAACAAGAAGUACAAGAAACCGUUAUUUUUCGAUAUUGCCUUAAACUAUGUGCAAUUGGAUAUGGACAGAUUGCAGGAGAGAGCUGGGAAGGUGCCUGCACCGGCGCUUGUCCCUGUGCAAGCCGUGCCUGCGAAAUCUCGUUUGGAAGAGGUGGCGAGACCGGAAACGCCAGAACCGCAGGCGCCUGCGAGGGGAGGACUUAGCAGUUUGCUUGAGGGAUGGUGGGGACGGAAGUAAGAGGUACGAGGUAAAUUUAUUACGACAUUUGGGUGGAUAGUCGAGUACAGUGUAUUAUCGUACGCAAAGCAAAUGGGUAGCACAGCUAUAUCACAAAAAGAAACUUCACACAAUCAUUGUACAAUAAAC